AUGAAAACAAAAAUGAACGAAAAUGAGUCCAGCUAUAUAACCGCUGGUUUUGAUGUGCUGAAUUCGUAUAGUACUACUGUGACUAACAUGGCCAUCCAAAUUGGAAAAAGAAAAGUAAUAUCAUCAAGCAGUAUCAGUAGCAAUAGCAAUAGCGAAAGCAGCAGUAACAACAAUAGCAGCAGCUCCUAUCAAGGUGUUGUGAACGUGUCUACAGAUGAUGAAGAAGAUAUUAACGAAAAUGCUCUUACUAUUAAGGAAAUUAUUUUUGGAUCACCAUUUUUAAACAUCAACCUAGCACUUUCACGUGCUGUCAUUUUACUAAUGAAAAAACAACCAUUGGCUGGCAUGGAUAUCUCAGUGUUGAAGUUAUCUUUAUCAGGCAUAGUGAACCAAUUGAAAACAGACCAAUUCAACGCAAUCAAGCCUUAUCUUCCAGAAAAAUUUGAUCAAUCUCACGUGGACCAUAUUGCGGAUAAAAUCAAACGUUAUGAAAUGAAGGAUGACACAUCAACAAUGUAUGAGUUCAUUUUGGAUCUUAUGGAAUCUGAAAACUUACCUAUUGAACUUGUCCUGUUGCAAAUCGAUACUUUUAAUGCUAAAUUCUUGAAGACGGAAGGAAGAACGUUGGAGAGUUAUACCAUGCUGAAAAAGCAAGACGACUCCGAAACCACCAUCUACAGACGCAUUGCUACCAUUUUCGACUUCAUGCAUGUCAAGUUAGCCGAUGGGGAGACAUCAUGUGACCGCUCUAAACACGAACGACAAUACAAUGACAUUGCUUUUGGCGCAUUAUCUACGGAUCGUGAACUUUGUGGUCGGAAGAUAAACCUAUUAGUAUGGUAUGGCAGGGAUGCCAAAGACUUGGAAUUAUCGAGUUUGACUUGA